AUGAAUCCCACAUUCUCAGCCCAAGUACUCAUCGGAGUCUCGGCUGCCUACUUCAUCUGGCCAGGCGGACCGGUCCCCAGGGUCAACCACCACGUUGUGGCCUCAGCCUGGUCCUCUCUGUCAAAGCUCCCUUGGAGUAGUGCGUCUUCCUCCACCAACUCACGCUUGCCCUACGAGAAAGAUAGGUCGUCCGCAGGCGGGUUCAGAAACUCGUCUAUCGUGUCUCUGGAAGAUGUUUUACCGAACUCGACAACUUCAGUUUCCGCGAAGUUCUCUCAAGACGGUCUGGAAUCUUUCUCUGACCAGACGUACGCAGUUAUGCUUUUCGUCGUGUUGGGAGUAUUUGGUUUAGUAUUGUGGGUUUGGUUGGCACGGUGGAUGGCUAUCGAUACGCAGGUUCGUCAGAGUGUUGAGGAAAAGAAAAUCGGUCCAGUCAAGAAGGUCCUUGCUUCGGUCAAGAUAUUGCUCAGUCCCAUAGCUGAUAAGAGUCUCAUACCAGUCAAAGGAAGCUUCGUUUCAGUUCAGCAAACAUUCGACCCAGUCGUCAAGAAGGUUAUUUAUCCGAUUAAGAAAGUCUUCAGCCCAUUUAUCACAAUAUCUCUCAACCCUGUCAAAAGAUUCUUUGCCCUAGUCAAAGCAGUGAACAUACUCGUCUUGAACGAGACCUUCGGUCCAACCAAGGGUAUGCAAGAAGGGGAAGCCGCCAUGGUGAAGGCCAUUAUCGAUGAGCGGAUAGAGCAACUGCAAAUAUCUGUCGACGGGCUGAAGAAAAAUUGCGGUACUCUUGAGAAACGCGGCGAGCAGAUUCAACAACAGUUGAAUAGGUUCAGUUCCAGGAUAGAAUCCAUCAAUCAGUGGCAACGAGAGAGUGAGUUUUAUUUCAUGCGGCCGAAUGAGACCAGAGGCAGGAGGGCUGAUGAAGAAGCGUAA